GGGUAUAAAAGGUCCAGUACAAGGAAAGUCCUCAGAUUGAGGACAAGGCGUGCCGAUUAAGCAGAACCGAAACUUUGGAAGAUUUCAUUUACCAUCUUGACAGGAUGACCAAGUUUUCCUCUGUUGCUAUUUUGCUCGUUGUUUGUUGGGUUUCUAUCGAUACAACUAGCGCAGUGAAGUGUUACUUAUGCACAAAUUGUGCCGACAAAAACCCGAGUGAAACAACCGAAUGCCUCUAUGGUUGUGCUACAACCAAGGUUAACACUUCAGUCUAUCUCGGAUGUGCCUUUGAUGUGACCAAUGGUUGCAAGAAUGAGACUUUAGAUGGUCGGAAGGCAAGGGUGUGUGUGUGCAGCGGGGAACUUUGCAACGGCAGCCCCACAGUGCCCAGCAGUGCCACAGUGUCCAGCAGUCUGCUUCUUUUGGGACUGAUGUCCACCUUCGCAGCAUUCCUACUCGGAAAGAUGUAACAGAAAGAAAACGGCGGCCUCAGAUAAUCUUCUGCGAUCAACAUUUUUGUAUUUGGAACGUGAAAUGUUAAGAAACAAUCGAAGUUUUGCAGACACUUAUUUUUCUUUUUAUUCGUUUUUGAAUACUAAAUGGGGAGAUGGGCUCGCAGUUAUAGCAUGACAAUUCUACGGAUAUAAAUAUUCCCUUUGAAAUAGCGUCAGGGGUUAAGAAGAAACCACGAAAUUACGAAUUUAGUCUUACGAUUGAGAAAGGCAGUCGAGAAUGUAUUUCGGUGGGGGAUGCCUGGGGAACACGUAUUGAUACGGGGGCGGAUCCUGAGAUAUUUUCUAAAAGUCUUCCAAUUACUCCAUCUUUUUUUACCGUCUACCGACAGAAAGAAAAUAAGAUGCCCACCAAUGUAAACUUAAAAAAUUCUGACCAUCUUCGCCCCUAUGAUACGUAAACACUGUUUUUCGGGUAUGGAUAUUAAUGGCAUUAAACAUUUCGUUUAAAAAUCACCCCUGCCUUAGGUAAAAAAGUCGGAUGAUUCGGCUUACGGCCACCUUUUUAUUCACUGCCCCUUAUUUUCUUUAAAUCUUUUACUUUGGGUGUGGUCGUGGUGCAGCCUCGAGCGGCGCGCCCCAUGAGCCCCGGCUAUACACCCAAACCUAAUACAGAGAAGUAAAUGAGGCCACAGGCAUGUUCUUAAAUACAUUAAGUGCACACAUUGCAAACUACAGACUUGACAUUUAAUAUUUUUCCAAAUUAUUUUGAUCAG